AUGAGUUCAACUAACUUCGCCGCCGCACAGGAACGAGUGCUAGAGCGCCGUCGCCUCCGUGAGGCUGAAGCGCGUGCCCGUCGGGCAGAGCAGCAACGGGUUUCUCCAAUCAACUCGGCUGCCGUCCAGCGUUUACCGUAUCCGUUGAACAAAUUACCAGGGGCAGGAUGGACCCUCUGGAACUCAGUGAAAGGUAGAGAAGGGACGCGACCGGCAUUCCGUGUCGGCCAAGUUGACGCCGAAUUGCUGGAUGAGGAACUGCUAGGCCUGUUGAAAAGCCAGGUCGGAGAUGCGCUCAAAUAUUUCGGGCCUCAGAUGCGGGAGGACUGGUCUCAUGAAAUUCUUUUCGCGCUACGGGCUAUCCUCUUCAAACUAUCGAUAUGGGACCACAACGCCUCGUAUGGUGCCGCGCUUCAGGGCCUUCGAUAUACCGACAGUCGCAGUGCAGGCCCUGUAUACUCAACCCCGACAAAGACACAAAAGACAAUUUAUGGUCUCCUUACAGUCGGUGGACGUUAUGCAUGGGACAAGUGGGGCAGUUGGCUGAUCGGACAGGAAGGUGGCUAUGAAGAACCAUCGCAAGAGGUUCGCAUGUUCUCACGAUUAACAGACUUGGCUUCCUCAGCCCACUCGGUCGCCGCCUUCGCUUCUUUCCUUGUCUUCCUGGUCAACGGCCGCUACCGCACAUUGGUCGACAGGAUCCUACGAAUUCGCCUUACACCACCAUCUGCCCAGGCCAGUCGGGAGGUCUCCUUCGAAUACUUAAACCGACAAUUAGUCUGGCAUGCCUUUACCGAGUUCUUGCUUUUCCUCCUACCUCUCGUUGGAAUCAGUCGUUGGCGACGGUGGAUUUCUCGGGCAUGGCGGAAGGCCGUCAAUGCGCUUAAGUCAAGCGGGGAGGAGGAGGAUUCCACUGAAAAAUAUGGAGAGCUUGCUCAUCUUCCGGAACGAACCUGUGCGAUCUGUUACCGAGACAAAAAUCCCACCUCCACCACCGAAAGUGACGUUCUUGCUGCCUCGGCCUCUGGUAUUGCGGGGUCAGCACAAACAGACAUCACCAACCCAUAUGAAACAAUCCCAUGUGGCUGUAUCUACUGUUUUGUUUGCAUAGUUCAGAAGCUUGAAGGAGAAGAAGGUCAGGGAUGGGUCUGUCUCCGUUGUGGUGAGAUUGUCAAGAAAUGCCAGCCCUGGAAUGGAGACGUCCUGGAAGAGGGCCGGUCACAACCUGGCACUGGAAAGAUUGUGGGAUUUGCCAUAGAUGACGAGAAUGGCCUCAAGGAGUUGGAUCAGUCUGGGGAAACCACCAGCAACUCGUAA